AUUUAUAGGUUGAAAACAAAGUAGAUAAGCCUCCAACAGGAAGCCCCACAACCCAAAACAUGGAAGAAACAGUCCGGAAGUGUCCAGACAUCACAGAUCGUCUGAGGCUUCUGGAGCAGGAAGUGGCUCGCAACAAAGAGGAAUCUGGGAAGUCACAGUCGGAAGUCGAGAGGCUAAUGGCGGCUCUAAGGGAUGCUGAGAUGGACAAGUUGUGCAAGGAGAAGAAAAUCGCUGAUCUCGAGAGGCAAGUGAAGUCGCCUAACAUCCGGGAGCAGACAAUGGUGGGUGAGAUGAGGAAAGAUGCACAUACUGAUGGACAUCCACACUCUUUAUCGCAGCCCCCUCGGGUUCCUCUUUCAGCUUCCCAGGGUGCCAUGCGGGAGACGGCGGAGGGGAUCAGGGAGCUGGAGAGGGCACUGAGGGAGAGCAUGAACACGUCUGCACAUAGAGAGGCUCUCUGGGCGCAAGAGGAGGCAGCUCGUAUUCAGGCCCAGAGACAGUUGGAGGAGCUGAUGGGGGCUUUAGAGAAGACACGCCAGGAGCUGGAUGCCACCAAACUGCAUCUGUCCUCCACUCAGCAAUCCCUGCACGAGAGAGACGGACACCUCAAUAGUCUUCGCCACGAGAGACGGAAACAGCUGGAGGAGAUUCUGGAGAUGAAGCAGCAGGCUUUGCUGGCAGCCAUCAGUGAGAAGGAUGCUAACAUUGCCCUGCUGGAGUUAUCCUCCUCCAAAAGGAAAAAAUCCCAGGAAGAAGUGAUGGCGCUGAAGAGGGAGAAAGAUAAACUCAUGCACCAGCUUAAACAGCAGACUCAGAGCAGAAUGAAGCUGAUAGCGGAUAACUACGAGGAAGAUCACGUUCACCCUCAACAUCAUCCUCACCAUUCUCACCACUCGCACCCUGCAAACAUGCAUCACCGAAGCCUGCCAAGAGGGUCCGCCCAUGGCAACCACCGACCACGUAUGGACCAGGACGAUGAAGAGGGAAUAUGGGCAUGAUGACCAUCUUCACGGAAACCCUGUAUUGAUUUGUCCACCCUGCUGUAAGAUCCAGGUAACCAAGAGGCUCCUGUGCUUCGACUGCAGGCACUGCACACUCAGCCAGCCUACAAUUCCCACCAUGAUGAUCACCUGACAUACAGAGAGGACUUCAUAUAUGGACAAGCUCAGCGUUCAGCCUGUCGGAGAUCAUACCAUCUCACCGAUGAACGCCACCUCCGAUGAAAAAUGCAAUGGCCAUCUCAGGGUGGUUGAAUGUCCCUCACAGGCCCAUCUGUUAUCCGUGUGGAGCUACAAGGCAUUGGCAAGCGGCCUUCAUUUCCCUAGCUGUUUUCAAUAGACUGCGAGCGAGAUUCAAUUUGCAGUGCUGCGGUGCUACGGAGUCCUGGCUUCGCAUCAAGUGGCAAUCACUCCACCGCCGUCGACUACUGGUGUGGCUGAGCCGCGUCGGUGGAUGGUCGGAAACCCAUGCUGGCCCUGGACUGGUUUAUGAAUGUGUGUACUUCUGCAGCUAAAUAUCAGACUUUUGCAAAUAUAACAACAUGGACCUCAAAAAAUGCACAAUCCACAGAAACCUUCUCAAUGUACCGUGCCAAAGGAGACAACUCUGCCCGCCGAAACAAAUUACCGAAAUGGGGCCGCGUCUGAAUCAUUCGGGCUACCCGGGAAAUCGUCCCAAUUACUCAUUUCUUUGACAAUCUUCUGUUUUUGUGCUGAGAGAUCAACAAGAAAAAGGCAAAUUUGGGCUUAAAGGUGCCCCAUCAAAACAGUUUGAGGAUCAGCUUACACCUUCUCCAAAAUCAGGACCCUUUUUAACAAGGAAGGAGUCACGGCUGACCUCCAAUCAGCCGGCUUACUAUAAGAACGGUCUGUUUAUACCUUUCUCCUUGUGUUCUUUUAGCCUGCUGUGCAUUUGUUUAAUGAACCAAUAUCAUGUUGUUAGCUUUUCUACAUCCAAAACGGUUUUGAGUGCCACUAUUCUUUCUUUUUUCUUUUUUUUUUACGUUUCGACAGCUUUGUGUAACUUAUUACGCAGUGUAUUAUUUUGUUGUCUAUUUGUUGAUCCUGGGAAUCUGGGUGGCGAGUCUGUUUUGUUAUGAAGCAACUUGCAUUUUAAAGCACUGCGUCAUUACUUUUUUCACCGCACUGGAAGAUGAUGAGUCCAGACGGUGGUGUUUUUGGGUUGAACAGUAUAACGGUGUUUCUAUUUUGUCCUUACGUAACAUUUACAUUUUGGUAAAGUGUGUGUGUGUGUGUGUGUGUGCGCAUGUGUGUGUGUGUGUGGUGUCAGGCUGCUCUCAUGUUUGUGAGGACUGUGAAAGUUUGGGGGAUAACAGUAUUCAUCCCUCAAUGGUUCCACAGUGUUUUGCAGUGGUCAGCUGGUUUCUCUUGUUUAAAUAAAAGUUGUUUUCACUAGAACUGCAACCUGUGUUUUUAUCAAAAAGACAAUAAUCAGCACGUCGACAUCGACACUGUUGUUGGUAUAUUUAAGUGAAACAAUGCGUUUUUCCAAAAGUA